GCAGGCCUGCGUGUGCCCUACACAGACUCUCCCCACCUUCUCUCGUCCCUCCCUCGUCAACCAUGUCGGGCAUCUGCCAGAGGCGUCUCACAGAGGAGCGCAAGGCCUGGCGCAAGGACCACCCGUACGGCUUCUGGGCAAAGCCGAAGAAGAACACGGACGGCACCAUGGACAUGCAGACCUGGGAGGCCGGCAUCCCGGGCAAGGACGGCACGGCGUGGGAGGGUGGCGUGUUCCCCAUCUCGCUCCUGUUUCCCGACGACUACCCCUCGAAGCCGCCCAAGUGCAAGUUCCCGGCCAACUUCUACCACCCGAACGUCUACCCGUCCGGAACGGUCUGCUUGUCCAUUCUGAACGAGGAAAAGUCGUGGAAGCCGGCGAUCACGGUCAAGCAGAUCCUCGUCGGCAUCCAGGAGCUCCUCGACGCGCCCAACGCUGAGGACCCGGCGCAGCUCGAGGCGUACACCGUCUUCAAGAAGGACAAGGUCGCGUACGAGAAGCGCGUCCGGCAGCAGGCCAAGGAGCACAUCCCCAAGUAGAUCGCCCCUCGCCCCUCGCACCUCGCACCUCUCGCAUGCUCUCUCCUCUUUCCCUCCUCGCAUCUUUGCGCUUUCCCCGUCCCUCUGUGCUCCUCCCUCUCGGUGUUGUGCCUCUGCCGAAAUGCCACUCCUUCUCUCGC